CUUAUCUCUCUUCGGUCAAGAAAAUACCAAACUUGAAAAACCAGCAGAUUUUUUUUUAAGGAAAUCAUUUUUUUCUUAUUUUGAAGAAAAUGGUUGAUCUUGAUUGGAAAACAAAGAUGGUUUCUUCUAACAUCCCAAACAAAUCCCCAAAGCUCUCUAACAAACUCCAGGUUCCAAUUCCGGCGCCGCUUCGUAUCUCGAAUGUUUCCUCUCCACUUUCAACUUCCCCCUCCACUUCCAAAACUUACGACUAUUAUCUCCGGCUCCCGGAGCUGAGGAAGUUAUGGGAGGCGAAAGAGUUUCCCUCUUGGCAAAACGAGGUAGUUUUGAAGCCGGCUUUGCACGCGUUGGAGAUUACCUUGCGGUUUAUUUCGAUCGUUUUGUCUGAUCCCAGACUGUAUUUAAACCGCCGCGAGUGGACGCGUCGACUCCAGUCAUUUACCACGAGUCAGAUCGAAGUCAUCGCUAUGCUAUGUGAAGAUGAAAACGACGAUGAGACCGCCGUGGGAACGGCACCGAUCGUCGAUCUGACAUCGUCGAACGGUGUUCUAACACGAGAGAGCAGCUCCGCCGAAGUGUGGAAGAUCCGCGGAGAAACGACGGUGGUGAACCGAACGAGCGAAGCCAGCUUGUUGCCUCGGCUCGCCACGUGGCAGAAAUCCGAAGACGUUGCACAGACAAUCCUCUACUCCAUCGAGUGCGAGAUGAGGCGGUGUCCCUACACGUUAGGCUUGGGAGAGCCAAACCUCUCUGGCAAACCGAACCUUGAUUACGACGCCGUUUGCAAGCCGAAUGAACUCCACGCGCUCAAGUCCAGUCCGUACAAUCACAUCGACAGCCCCGAGAACGCAACGCUUUACACCACGCAUCAGAUUCUCGAAUCGUGGAUCCAAACGGGUAAACAAUUGUUGAAACGCAUCGCUUUGAGGAUCGAUACCGGAAGUUUCGAGACCGCCGCCGGCGAUUGUUAUUUACUGGAAAAGAUUUGGAAGCUUCUGGAAGAAAUCGAAGAUCUCCAUCUCUUAAUGGAUCCCGAUGAUUUCCUUCACCUGAAAAGCCAGUUGCAGAAAAAAUCGGUGAACGAAACGGAGGCGCUUUGUUUCAGAUCGAAAGGGCUAGUCGAAAUUACGAAACUGUCCAAGGAGUUAAAAAACAAGGUACCGUUCAUUUUGGGAGUAGAGGUGGAUCCUAAAGGUGGGCCCAGGAUUCAAGAAGCUGCUAUGAGGUUGUACACCGAGAAAAAGGAGGGUAGUAAGGUCUUUCUGGUACAAGCAUUGCAAGCAAUCGAAGCGGCCUUGAAACGCUUCUUUUUUGGGUACAAGCAAGUGUUGAUGAUCGUUAUGGGGAGUUUGGAAGCGAAAGCCAACAGACCCGUGGCGAGUUCGGACCCAGGGGACUCAUUGAGUCAAAUAUUCCUGGAGCCUACUUAUUUCCCUAGUUUGGAUGCGGCUAAGACGUUUUUGGGCGAGUUUUGGAGUCAGAGACAGGGUGGGUAUCGGUCAACCAAGAGAUGACCACUCGAUCGUUCG